AAGCAGAAUCAGCAGCUCUUCCUCUGUAAACACUCCGCCCCGGCUUUCGCGAUUGUUGUUGUUUGUCGGAAAUAUCAUUCAAUUGUCAUCAGGCUGCCUGUUUCUUGCGGCGAGUCGUCUUGGCCUGGUCGCUUUACCCAGCAGAAGCCCCAUAUUCACUUUGAAGGAGCAGCCAUAGUCUGCGGCAGUCCUCCUCCCCUCCUGCAUCAUCCCUCCAUCCCAAUUGCUGCCCACCGGUGUCUGCACAGUCCUCAUGGAUGCCACUUUUGACGAGCUUGCCGGGCAUGCACUGGAUCUGCUUAACAAUGCUCCUCCUGACCAGCGCAUUCUGAUCGCCGUCUCUGGAAUCCCUGGCAGCGGAAAGACAACCCUUGGAAAUGUCGUCCUCGACAAGAUCAAUCAGCAAUGGACUGCGCUUCAAACCACAACGACAGCGUCCAGGAUAGCAGCUUUUAUUCCAAUGGACGGCUUUCACCUAACGCGCGCCUCUCUCGCUGCCAUGCCUAAUCCGGAAGAGGCCUUUGCCCGUCGUGGUGCACCAUUCACAUUCGAUCCGCAGUCGCUUCUAGCGCUCGUUCAGGAGCUGCGGAAACCUCUGACGGCUGAUUCGCGUCCGAUAUACGCACCCUCGUUCGACCAUGCGAAAAAGGAUCCGGUCGAGAAUGACAUUGAGGUUCUGCCCACCGAUCGAGUUCUCAUUAUUGAGGGCAAUUACCUGCAUUUAGAUGAAGAGCCGUGGAGUGCCAUCGCAGGAUUGAUGGACGAGCUAUGGUUUGUCCGUGUCGACCGCGACAUUGCGCGGCGACGGAUAAUCAAAAGACACAUAAAAGUCGGUAUCGCAAAAGACGAGCAAGAAGCCGCCAAACGCGCCGACGAAAACGAUCUCGUGAACGGUGACUACAUCAUCGCUCAUUCCCUCACGCCCCAUCGAGUAAUCAUCAGCAUUCAGGACAACAACUACUCUGAUUAGUGUGUGUGUGUGUGUGCAUCUUGCGUUAGCCAGCAUUUAUUUCUUUUACUACUUUUUCUCGCUUGUACGAUUCCGUGAGUGAAAAAGUCUUUGUCCGUGUUUGUUGGUGUACUUUCUUUGCAAGUGUGUUGUGUUUUGAUUUGUAUCGGGUUAGAACAUGUACUCUCAGUUUUCU